AAUACCCUCAAAUAUUAUACUGUCAGGGCAAUCCUUACUGCUACACUUCAUAAUAAUAUGUUGGUACGCAAAAUGUUCUGGGUCGUCGUAAAGUGCUUCCCUUGCUUUAUGAAUCAAAGAAAAAGAUGGUCAGAUCACAUGGGACAAUUUGAUUUGCUGAAGUACUGUUGGCAUUACAAGAAAAAGGACGUGAACAAAUCAUGUGUUUGUCUACAAAAGAUCACUACUUGCAGUGAUCUUAUUGAAAUGUGGCACAAAUGCUGGCAUACGUAUACUCAGUCUGGAAAGGUUCCAAGUGAUCUGAAGAAUUUUGACAAGGUUUACGCUCCUGGCUCAUUAGUUUCCUAUUCUCCCGAUGGCAAUACCAUCAAGACAUCAAGGGGACAAAGGGCACUACAGGCGCGACACCAAUAUGAUAAGCUAAAACGGAGUGUCGAAUCGGACUUCGACUAUAGUAUCAUAGUAUGGCACCUUGCCACGAGUGUUUGCUACCAUCACGAUGACUCUCAAGGCCCUGAAGGCGUCAUGAACAUCAGUAAGUGUGUAUCAAAUUACAUGAUGUAUCUGCUGGCUAUGCGUCCUGCCAUGCUUUUGCCUGAGAAUGGUAAGAGCUUUUGGCUUGAUCAUACUUAUGACAAGCUUAAAGAGCUCUUCUUUGAUGCAACUGAUACAAAGGCAGCUUGUGAAUUACUUUUAAAGUUGGAUGAUGAUGAUCAAGAAGCAAACCGUAAAUCCAGUGCAGUCUGGGUUGCCAUUGCCAUUGAGCAAGCUAUAGUUCUUGUGCAGGAUCUCCCACCACCAACAUUUUGAGAGCAUUUUGGGCUCCCUUACUAAUUACUCACAAUCAUCUAGGAAUGUUUCCUAGACAUUGUCUAAUCUUUGUUGUGGCUGCACUAAUUGUGGUUUUUAUAUUAUGCUAUGGUUAGAAACUAUGCUAUAAAGUGUUUAAUAUUUU